AUGCCAUCUAACAAGGAUCGUCUUUAUGUCGGAUUGUACGCUCGAGGGGGGACUGUGAAGAUGCCCGGUGGGGAAGACAAAUAUCAUUGGGCUCUUUUAGUUAGGCCAAAAGGCGAAGACGGCGACACGCGCGGAAAGCGCUUCCACGCCAAAGAACGAAUCUAUAGUGGCACGCAGUCCGUCUGGGAGUUCAGUGAGCAGGAGACUGGCACAGCAUCUACCCUCAUGAUCUUGGUCCGAAUCCAAAUUGCAAAGGUAAAGAGCCUGAAGAAGCUUGAAGCUUCCUUGAGGAGUGAAGCACUGUCAACUCUGCAGAGUAACAACAAGGCGUUGGGAACUGCGGUACUAGAUUGGACCACGGCCCGUGAUACGGCUAUGUGGUACGUUGAGCAGAAGGCCUUGCAGCAUCGAUUUGAUGGUCAAGCUGCCCCAGGACAGUUCGAUACUAGCAGAGUAUCGACAUAUAGUCUGCUUCAAGGAAAGGAAUUGGUACCAUGA